AUGGUUCUGGUCGGACGUCUCAUAGCCAAAUUCAACAGCUACUAUGACAAGCGACCACUCCUUACCACGAUGGUCACCAACGCCAUCUUGGGAGGCAUAGCAGAUACAAGCGCACAAUUGAUAACAUCCUACAGGACUCGCGCAGCGAUGUUACCGACACAUAAUCGUCCAUCCUUGAUCUCAGACGGCAUAGAACUCGGCGACGUUAACGAGAAACCUGCUCGCUUGUCGCCAGACCUACACCCAGCGUCAUCCGGACCACAACCCUUCGAUUUCGAGCGCACGAUACGCUUCAUGUCCUACGGCUUCAUCAUGACACCCGUACAGUUCCAGUGGUUCGGCCUCCUUACACGUUUCUUCCCUAUGACCGCAACUUCUACCACAAUCCCUGUCCUGAAGCGUGUGGCAUGCGACCAGUUCAUCUUUGCACCCGCCGGAUUAUGUUGCUUCUUUACCUUCAUGACAGUUGCAGAAGGAGGUGGAAAGAGACAAGUUAUCAAGAAGUUUCAGGACAUUUACAUUCCUACACUAAAGGCGAACUGGCUGAUUUGGCCCGCUGUACAACUCCUGAACUUUCGAGUCGUGCCACUUCGAUUCCAAAUUCCUUUUGUGAGCACGAUUGGUAUUGCUUGGACAGCCUACUUGAGUAUCUCGAACUCGGCGGAGGAUGAAGCCUUGUGA